AGUUGAAAUGGAUAUUUAUCAUACUACUGUUAAUGAAUUUUCUGCUUUGGGGCAAAUAUAUGAAUGGUGGAACAUUACAAGUGUUAGAGUAUUGUAUGUUUGGGAGGACAUGGAAAACAACAGGAUGCUCUUGUGGAUGAUAGAUCGCCAGAGAGAAAAAAUAUUAGCAAUCAUACCUCGCCAUUUAGUGCCCGGAUAUCGAAACAUGAAUCUGAAAGGAAAUGUAUUCUCUGUGCAACAUUUCCAAGUUGAUGAAUACCAUUUGGACAAUCCAAUGUACCAACAGUACAAAAUCUGCACCAGUGAUAAGGCGAUAAUGAUAAACCAUGCCACAACUUUUACUCGGUUAGUAAGCGAUUUUGCCAGUGGAUAUCCACUUUAUCCAAUUGUGUCUACUGUCACAACUGUUGCACAAGAUCAUACAAAUAAAAGAAGGCUUGUUGAUGUGGUUGGAAGAAUAGUAUGGGGAAAUCGAAUCAGACAGCUGCGAUCAUUUGAGUUAAUUCUCCAAGAUGAGACGGGGAACGUAACAAAGUUAUUGUUGUAUAACGUACCAGCAAACCUUAUGAUUAAGGUUAUUGUUGCAACAUACAACAAAUCCAUACUCUAUGUUUCUUGCAUGAAGCUGGUCCACAACAAUUUGGGUAAUUUAUUGGUUUCUACUGUUUUAACCGACUUUGAUGUUGAACCACAAAUGUAUGAAGCUGAUAGGAUUAGAGCUAGAUAUUGAUGAGAGAGUAUUAGAAAAAGAUUUUCUUGAAAACUUUUUUAAUUCCCGUGUUUUCAAUUCAG